UGGUAAACAGAGAUGAUGCUUGUGCGCUCAAAGUGCAGGGGGAAAGCAGCGUGUCUCUGUCCCAGUCAAACUGAUCCGCAGAGCGCAUUCCCACAGAUGUUUGCUGGUCGGCUCCGUUGCGAUUUCACACAGCCAUGAAGGAGCCAGAGACGAGGAAUAAUGAGUAUCGCGACGAUUUCGAAUGUAUGGACACUAACGAGGACAGAGUCUUCUGGAAAAAAGAUCCUGCACCGGCCAUGACCUCAGUGUGGCGUGCUGGCAGGUCACAGUUGUGCGUGGUCCUGUCCGUGUCUGUACUGCUGCUGCUGGGUCUCAUCAUCGGCCUGUCCGUCAGCAAUGCUAAGGUGGACAGGAGGUUCAUAGUCCUGGAGGACACUGUGGCCAACAUCAGCUCCCUGCUGACGUCCGUCACCACUAAGGUGCACAUGGGAAAGGACACAGAUGAGAACUUCCACACAGAGAUCAGCAAGCUAACAGUCUCAAUGGAAACCGUUGAACAGCAGCUGACUUCUGUCAUAAAGUCUCUGAAAGCAAUUGACGAACUGGAACCUCUGAAGACCCAGGUUUCAGAGCUGAAAUGCAACAUUGACAAAAUGAUCAAAAACGUCACCUCAGCAGGCUGCUGUCCAAUCGACUGGACCUUCUACUCCACCGCCUGCUACUAUUUCUCCAGGGAGGUCAUGUCCUGGGAUUCAGCAAAAGAAUACUGCACCAGCAAGCAUUCCUCCCUGGUGAUACUGAGAGACGACGCGGAGUGGACCUUCGUGAGCAAGAGGACCAUGCCGAACUAUUACUGGAUCGGCCUGACGGAUGAGCGGACCGGGGACUGGGAGUGGGUGGACAGGACGCCGUACGUCAUGAACAGAAGGCACUGGAAACCUAACCAGCCGGAUAACUGGAGAAAUCACGGCUUGGGAGGAGGCGAGGACUGCGCGCACCUGCACAACGACGGCACGCUCAACGACGACCACUGUAGCCGGCUGUACCGCUUCGUCUGCAAAGCCAUAGUGUCCGAAACGCCGGUGUGACGCCAAAAGCCACGCUUCCUGUACAGGGUGGGCGGGGCGUGUCUCUCCGACCUCGCAGUUAUAACCGUGGCGAGCGGCCGCUAACCGGCACGAGGCUUAUCUCUUUCGCAGGGUGAUCCUCAGUAGUGUGUGUGACCCCAGCAGGUAUACAGCUGCUGCCUGUUGUUGUUCCGAAAUAUCCUUUUGGGUUCUGAAGCUCUGAAUAAACCUGCUUCAUUUUCAAAA